AUGCAGAGAGCAUUUGUGGAUGUGGAUAUUGGCUCGGCCCAGCAGCACGCAGUGGAGGUGGAGGAGUACCAGCGAGCUGCCCAGUUCCUCGCCGCGGUGGGCGCGCAGUAUGGACUGCCUACAAAUCUGCAGGAGCUUGACGAGGGCCAGCGCGAGACGUUAGCCGAGCUCUACGCUGCCGACCCGUCGUGGACAGCGAACGGUCCCAUGCGCGCAGCGGCCCCCACUCCUCUCCGAGCAGGCCGCAUCGUUAUCGAGCUCUACGCAGACAAGGCGCCCAAAGCGGUGGAGAACUUCCUAGCUCUGUGCACGGGCGAGAAGGGCAUCUCUAAGGCCAGCAAGAAGCCUCUGCACUUCAAGGGCUCCCGCUUCCACCGAAUCGUCAAAGACUUUGUCUGCCAAGGUGGCGACUUCACUCGUGGCGACGGCUCGGGCGGUGAGUCGAUCUACGGUCGCAAGUUCAAGGACGAGAAGGACGGCCUCAAGCUCCUCCACAAGGCCGUCGGCACUCUCUCCAUGGCCAACUCAGGAAAGGACUCAAACUCGUCGCAGUUCUUCUUCACGCUAGCGGAUAACCUCACCAAGCUCAACGGCAAGCACGUCGUGUUCGGACAGGUCGUCGAGGGUGUUGACAUUCUGCACAGGAUCAACCGGGAGGCAGCGUCUGCGGAUGGAAGCCCCAAGGUCGACGUUGUCAUCGCUGAUUGCGGUCAGUGUUAA